UUGAUAGUAUUAUCAAUUUUGUCAACAACACGGUUAUGACGUCCUGUCUACCAUGUAUAGAUUUUUAAAUGUGUAAAGUUUAAAUGUUUACAAGUUUAAAUGUUUAAAGUAUACAACUAAACACGUCUUACAACACAACGUCUACCAUAUAUAAUAUUGAAUUGAAUGAUACAUCGAUCAUGGAUCAAGAAAGGGCCAUGAAACUGUAUCUGAACGGUGCGACAGCGUUUUUUCUCGACAUACCUUCGGGCAUGGAAUUUGGCAUCGAUAUGAUGUCCUGGGCGACUGGUGAUAAAUUCAAAGGAAUCAAAAUGAUACCUCCUGGUAUACAUUUUGUGUACUACAGCGCCACUGAUAAGUAUGGUAAUACAGCUCCACGUUGUGGAUUUUUUCAUGGUUUUAAAAAAGGUGAAUGUCUUGUAAAAAAGUGGGAUGCAAACAAUGAAAUUUUGGUAGAUGUACCCAGAGUAGAAAUAGUACAAUACAAAACAAAUACCUUAUAUUUUGAUGACUGUUUGGGACCAUAUCCAUGUGAAGAACUAUCCAAGUGGAAUGGUUUGUCUUCACUACUCACUGAAAAUUUAAUACACAGGUUAUGCCCUGAAACAAAAUUAAUCAGAUCGGCAAUGGAGUUAUUUCCUACAUCGGUUAAGGAAAACACAAAAAAAAGAAGAAAAUGGGGUCCUAUUAGAAGUGAAACAGAUGUUGGAUAUGAACAAUUGCCCAACUUAGUGCCGAAAGAAGAAAAUAAAAUAAGAUUUACUGAACCUCCGGAGUGUCAUUAUCCACCUGGUUCAUCACUUUCUGAAAUCACUAAAUAUUCACUUGAUACUUCAUACAUACUCGAUUACAUGGCUGAAAAACAUGAUAGUAAAAUAGAUUUAUUAGCUGAACUACAAUUUUCCUAUAUUUGUUUUCUUCUUGGUUUAAGUUAUGAGUCUUUUGAGCGCUGGAAGAAGCUGUUUCAAUUAUUUUGUAUGAGUAAAGAUGCAAUUGCACAGGAUCAAAACUUUUUUGCAAAAUUUUUUAUAGCAGUACGUCAUCAACUAGAAACAAUACCUGAAGAAGGCUUUUUGGUCGACAUUGUUGAAAACAAUAAUGUUAUUUAUAAUGGUCUAAAAGAAUUAUUUAGAACAUUAGAAACUUGUGAUUGUAUACUGGAAGAUGAUCUUAAAGAUGGCACGAUUCAAAUAAAGAGAUUUUUGCAACAAAAGUUCGGUUGGGAAUUCAAUGGGUUAGAUGAAGAGGAUGACGACGAAGCCCCUGUUUUUGUGGACUGUACUGAAGAUGGAUUUUAAACUUUUAAUAUUGGGAUCUCACCAACACAUUAUUACUUUUAAUACAACUUCUUAGUUUUUAUAACUUUAUUAAAAUUAAUAAUAUGAAUAUAAUUUAUUAUGUCCUAAAAAUAUGAUAUUAUAAAAACUUAAAUCAACUAUUGAGUUAUUAGUUGUUUCUCUUAAUAUCCUAAUAAAAUAAUAUUAGUUAAAUAUUUAGGUAAGUACCUAUCUUAUUAUGUAUAUACUGCAGGCAUUUAAUAAUAUACUAACAUAAAUUAAAGCUGAAGAGGUCAUGGCACUCGGUGAAUUUAAUGAGAAAUUAAAUCUUGGUGUUAAUUUUUAAUUGUUUUUUAUGUGUAUGUUGUGUAUUGGGAUUCAUUGAUAAUAUUAAUAAAUAAUAAUUAUUAUUGUUAACCUGUAUGUAAUAUUAAUAUAACAUGAUAUUUGUUACAAAUAUGCAUUUGUCAGUAAAGAAGUAUACCUGUUUUGUCAUGUAUCAUAUAUUCACACUA